AUGACCCUGCUACCGGGAGAUAACUCAGACUAUGACUACAGCGCUCUGAGCUGCGCCUCAGACGCCUCCUUCCACCCCGCCUUUUUCCCUCAGCGCCAGGCCAUCAAGGGCGUCUUCUACCGCAGGGCCCAGCGGUUGCGACCGCAGGAUGAUCUGCAUCAGGGCAGCUCACUCGGGGACCGCAGGCGACAGAUCAUCAUCAACGUGGGUGGCAUCAAGUACUCCCUACCUUGGACCACGCUGGAUGAGUUUCCACUGACACGGCUGGGACAGCUCAAAGCCUGCACCAACUUCGACGACAUCCUGAGCGUGUGUGAUGACUACGACGUGACCUGCAACGAGUUCUUCUUUGACCGCAACCCCGGGGCCUUCGGCACCAUCCUCACCUUCCUGCGGGCUGGCAAGCUGCGGCUGCUGCGGGAGAUGUGCGCCCUGUCCUUCCAGGAGGAACUGCUGUACUGGGGCAUCGCCGAGGACCACCUGGAUGGCUGCUGCAAGCGCCGAUACCUGCAGAAAAUAGAGGAGUUUGCGGAGAUGAUGGAGAGGGAGGACGAGGACGAGCCACUGGACAGCGAGGACCAAGACACUGAGGGGCCAUCCACCGGUGAGGGCCGCCUGGGCCGCUGUAUGAGGAGGCUGCGGGACAUGGUGGAGAGGCCACACUCAGGGCUGCCUGGCAAGGUGUUUGCCUGCCUGUCUGUUCUGUUUGUCACCGUCACUGCUGUCAACCUGUCUGUCAGCACCCUGCCCAGCCUGCGGGAGGAGGAAGAGCAGGGCCAGUGUUCCCAGAUGUGUCAUAACGUCUUCAUCGUGGAGUCAGUGUGCGUCGGCUGGUUCUCCCUUGAGUUCCUGUUGCGGUUCAUCCAGGCACCCAGCAAGUUUGCCUUCCUGCGGAGUCCACUGACCCUCAUUGACCUGGUGGCCAUCCUGCCAUACUAUGUCACGCUGCUGGUGGAUGGCGCUGCCUCCAGCCGCCGCAAGCCAAGCACCGGGAACAGCUACCUGGACAAGGUUGGGCUGGUGCUGCGAGUACUGCGGGCACUGCGCAUUCUCUACGUGAUGCGCCUGGCUCGACACUCACUGGGGCUGCAGACUCUGGGGCUCACGGCCCGUCGCUGCACUCGCGAGUUCGGGCUUCUGCUGCUUUUCCUGUGCGUAGCCAUUGCUCUCUUUGCCCCACUGCUCUAUGUCAUUGAGAACGAGAUGGCAGACAGCCCCGAAUUCACCAGCAUCCCUGCCUGCUACUGGUGGGCCGUCAUCACCAUGACAACUGUGGGCUACGGAGACAUGGUACCUCGGAGCACACCUGGCCAGGUGGUGGCUCUGAGCAGCAUCCUCAGCGGGAUCCUGCUCAUGGCCUUCCCAGUCACCUCCAUCUUCCAUACUUUCUCCCGCUCCUACCUGGAGCUCAAGCAGGAACAGGAAAGGGUGCUGAUCCGCAGGGCCCAGUACCUCAUCAAAACCAAGUCGCAGCUCAGUGGCAUGUCUCAGGACAGUGACAUCUUGUUUGGAAGUGCCUCUUCAGACACCAGGGAUAACAACUGA